UGCCACGUACGGAAACAUGCAGGAACGGGCCCUAAAUAGGGACUAAAGAGUGUGACGGGUUUUAUCGGCCGGUCUCCUUAGCUGCUCCCCGUUUUCUACCUGCCUGAUGGAAGAGCUGGCUGCCCUUUCUCUACUGACAUCAGCUGAAACUUUCUCAUCCUACAGAACGCUGGAUCAGGGCUUUUCCUUUGGCUUUUAAAUGGGUUGAAAAAGGAGGGGCCGAGGGUCAACUUUCCACCAGAUACAUUGAGCACAACAGCUCAAGCAACAACAAAAAGCCACACACACUGAGAAAGAGCAGAAAUUCAAGAAGAAAAGAAUAGACUGCUCAGCUAAAAUGUAGCAAAUACUUCUGCUUGGCUUUUGGGAGGAGGUGAUAUUUAAAAGCAGGCUGCUCCACAAUCAAAGGAGACUACGACCAGCUUCAGAAGCUUUGCCUAUAUUCUCUGCAGAUCAACAGAACAAGGGAGACCAGCUGCUUUGAUUUUCCUUAGAGCCUGAUGAAUAGGACAACAGCUUGCUAUUUCGAAUUGGACACCAUACUCCAGAUGAAGACCCUGUGUACAAAGGAUGGAAAGAAAGAACCUCUUCCUAAGCUUAUUACUCUGCUACAGUUUGCUCAGAGCUGCCGAUUCUUACCUGAUAAUUGAAGAGAAGACAGAAUGCAACCCAUCAAAGAGCAACAAAAUGAAUCUCCCAGAUCUCCCACCCAUCUCCAUAGUCGAUCUAACUAAAAGAUCCCAGAAAGUCAGCAGAAAAGAGGCAGAGAACAAGAAAUCAUCCAAGAAAAAUGCUGAACCGAAGACAUCUCCAAAACCAAGGCCCACACCUGCAGCUGACUGUGUGCCAAAUUUCAAAACCUGCAAACCACACUUGAAUUCAUGUUGUAACUACUGUGCCUUGUGCAAAUGCCGAAUUUUUCAGACCAUCUGCCAGUGUCUACUGUUAAACCCAAAGUGCUAGGUCAAACCAGUAACACAUUAAGGCUUCUGUCUUUCAUUAGCUUCACAAGUGUCUAUUUCAAACUGUCUCAUGUAUUGCAAUCAAAUUAGAGCUUUGAAGCUGGUAGGUUGGAUUUGCCCCUCCUAAAACUAAAUGGACAAUAGGGUUUUUUUCAUGGGGUAAUGUUAUCAUAAACAGGAUAGUUUUUAAAUGCAGCACACAGCCAGGGAAAAGUACAUCAAACAAGUAUUUUUGGCAGAACUGAUCUGCAUUUAAAGAAGAAUGCUGUUUUUUUCUGAAGGGUAAUACUCACCAGACCGCAAUAUUGCCUAACCAGAACUGCAAAACCUGCACCAAUAGCAUACAAGUGGCCACAGGUUACAUCAGGUGCAGGUUACAUCACAGGUUACAAAUGGUACAGGUUAAUCCAGUGAGGAACCAAAGCUUGGGUUUGCCCACAAGGACACCACUGUACAAACUCCUGACAGAACCAAAGUACCAAGCUGAAAAUGCAGGUUUCAAGGUUAACUCCCUCCUCGCACAUUCAACAAAAGUUAGGACUAGAAUCUAUAUAAAUUAUUCUACCUGGAAAAACAGACCCAAAACAGUAAGUCAAUUUUGUAAUUACCCCCGCCCAAGCAUCAGUACAUCCACCUCCAGGGUUUCCCAUAGCCAGAAUCUCCAGGAUGUAUAAUCUGCACGUAUAUUUUAACCUGAAUGUAUCUGUGCCUCAUGACUUGAAAAAUCAGAUUUUUUCCCAGCCAUAUCCAUAAGAGAGGAGUCCCUGGCACUUUGCCUCCUGCUGCCCUAGACACGGUGCGUGUCAUUCAUUUAGAGACCAGAAGGAGGAACACGUACCCAGGACUCAGAGGAAGAAGGGAAAUAUCAACAAAAAAUAAAUGUGUCGCCCACAAUUUGAAAAAAAUGUUACAAGCAAUCUUUCUUUUAGUCCAUAUGUACAUUCUCACUAUGGGCAAUUCCCAGCACCUACCCUAAACAUGAAUUUGGCUGACAAACUUCACACAAGCGGUAACUGCAGAAAAAAAUAAUCAAAUGCUGCAUCAAACCCUUGAAGGGUCAGAAGUAGCUCUGCAUAUAGGGAAGGUAUGGAUUAAGAUCUAGGCAGCAGUAUACAAGUGUCUAGAACCAAGACAUUUUUCUCUUUUUCUUGAAGAUCCAGUCUUGAGUUAUCCUUGAUGGCAUAGUUGGAAAUUCCUCCUUUGGCAAACUACAAGGAGGGAUGCAAUAGGUCACAGAAGAGUGGAGGAGCAGACCUGGAAGCUGUCUCCAGCAUUGAAUACUUCAUCUGCCAAACUCCAGUUCUGUUGCUUUUUAUUUUCCCUCUUCUGUAUCUACAGUCUUAGUCUCUCUCCCCACUCCUUUACAGUCUUCUUUCUUCUGUGGUUCUUUCUUGAUUUUAGUCUUUUCCGUUCCUCCCACUGUUAUUGCCAGUCACUAGAAGAGUCACCUGCACUCCCAGGGUUUAAGCCAUAUUUUUGCGUUCUCUUUGCCUGCCUGUUAAAUGACUGCACCAGUGUUCCUGCCAAUGCCUUUUUGCUUUCACAAUGAUAUAUUUUCUAAUUAUGAAUUUAUGAUCACAAUCCUGAAUUUUCUAAUGCUCUGUGCAAGUCUAAUUAGGAGAACAUUUCUUUACUGAUUUAUUGCUAAGCACAACUAAGGGCUACAAAAUGUUCCAGGCAGGCAAAGACAACAUAGAUGAUACAAAUACUCUUUAAAGUGCCUCAAAUUAUAUGUACUUUUUUUCUUCUGAUAGCUUUACAAAGACCAGAGCUCAAAACACAAGUCAGAUGUUGACAAAAAAUGUCUGUCCAUCUUCAUAGAGAUAUAUAAAGUUGACAGAGAUUCAUCCGAGAAAGUCUAAACAAUGACAGAAUGUCAUUGAACUCAUCUUUCAUACAAUGUAUCAGUUGUCAUACAUGAUGCAAGCUUGGAUUCUUUUAAAGGUACAUAGCUAUUUCUUUUAAUCAGACAUCCUGGCUCAGGAAUCUGUAAGCCAUUCAGGUAUGAUAAAAAGAGGAACAGGAGGAAGAAUGAUACACAUUAUGAUGGUCCCAUGGAACAGAAUUUAGCACCUUCUUUAAUGAAGGAAAGCUGCAAGUUCCUGUCACGGUGUUUCAAAAUAAUGUUUCCAAAGACUAUCAAAAAGUGUCCUUGGUUGAUAUUAAAAUCGUAUUAAUAAUCACACACCAACUUCUAAAGUAGAAAUAAAAUCAUUUUAUUAUCAGAAUGGUGAGAUAGCUAGAAAAAAUUGUAUUUUAGUGGGGGUAGGAAGGGAACAGGAGGAGAGGAAAAGGAAAAGAAAGGAAGCAGAGCUAGAAAUGAAACAGAACAGCUCAGGUGCCAAUCUCUAUACAGCAUCUCCCACUCCAGCACGUGGCUGUCAGCUAAGGAGAUGGAAAGUGCUGACACCCACAAUGAGGGGCCUGAGACAUGGAAGCUGAACUAGUGAAGUACAGGACAGUCCAUUUAGGCAAUGGAAGAAAAGGAAAGGUUCUUUCCUGUGAGAAUGAGGGGAUUUGUUUUUAAGCACAUACUUUUUAAUAUAGCAUUUAUACAUAGUGCAUUUUGACAAAUUUGAUUAUAAGCCUUUUUUGUAACUGGAAUUGACUAAAAACAGAUUAUGCUUUCUUUGCCAUUCAUCUAUCAAAACAAAAAAUAUAUAGAAUCAAGUACUCUGAAAUUGUUGUUAAUCUUAGCGACUUUACUUCUCCAGCUAUAGACCACAUUGCAUGAGGUACUGAUAGGAUACAGAAAUCAGUAAAACAUGUACAUCUACUAUUUGUUUCCUGUGUUUAGUUUGAACAGAUAUUUAUGUUAGAGUUUGUUGUAAGAGUUCCCUAGGGGACCUAUUUGAAAUGUCAUCAGCACAUAGAUGAUAAAAUGUAUGCAUGGCAAAGAUGGAGUGUUUAAUUUUCAGUUGCCACAUGUCAAAAUGUCUUCAAUGAAAUCUUCAGUGGAAUCCAAGCACAGCACCAGACCCAACAAUGCUCCAAGAUACAGUCUCAUUCUGCUCCUAGAGAUUAAUGGAAGUUUUACUCUGAUUACAGCUGAGUAGAAUUCAGUAUAAAUAAAUCACUAUCAACUUUUCCAAAUAUCUGGUGUGAAUUUAAAACAGAUACUGUAUUUUCCAUCCAAAGUCCUGAUCUGAUUGCUUAUUGUCAAACUCAAAGACCAUAAAAUCCAAGUUUACCCUAAUAAACACAAACUAGUAGAAUUAACACCUUAAUGACUACAGCAGCUUCAAACACCUCACAGUCUCCCAGGCUAAUGUUUGAAACCAUCUGGAAGACCCACAAAGGGUCAAACAACUUGUCAUGUCAGUCUUUAGGAUCUUCUCAUAGAAGGAAUAAUUUGAUGGAAGGCAGAACAGCUUUUUCCAAGUCAACAGUAUUUGUGAUGCUGCUUUGUCUAAGGUUGCUGAAAGAUUUAAUAAAGUCCCUCUGAGACACAGAGACAGGGCCAAUUUCACAAUGCAAUGAAUAAAAGUGAACCAGAUGGAGACUUGUUGUGUGAGCAAAUUCAAGAGCCAAGGAAGAACUUGUAUAACCCAUGCCCAAAGCUGGUUCUGAAGGAGCUCUAUUUUAUGGUGCAAAAAUUGUCUUAUUUCUACAGAGAACAUACUCCUUGGAGCAUUGUGGAACACACUGUUCAUGGGAGAGUACAGUCUCGGGGUCACUUUAUGUACAGGUGUUGAUAAUAAACAACAUUAAAGACAAUACAAAAAAUAUCCCAUCAUGAGAUUUUUAAUCAAACCAUUUUAAGCUGAACUAGACCAUUCCAUGGCCAGAAGUGACUUUAUAACAUGUUAAAUAGACCAAUACAGCACUUGUUCACAUCCAAUGUCAUAUUUAACUCAAAGAGAUGACUUGCAUGAGGAAAUAUUAAUCAACAUGACUCUGAAUUGCAGAAUCAAGGCUGAAAAUCAUUAAAAGAAUUCUCCUAACAUAA